AUGCUGGGAGACCGGCGGUGUUCCGCUGCACUUGGCGCGCCUGGCGUCCCUAAUCAAUCAAAGCCGAAAUCGUUCGACAAAAGGAUCUUUUCUGAUCUCUCGUCGGGGCGCGUGUGGGCUACACACACAAUCGCAGUUCCUGGCGUCGAAGGGCGGGGCAUGGUGCGCCGUUCAGCGAAGCUUAACGGGGCAAGCUGCGCCACGUGGCCGUUUUCAAUAGCAGCGGUGCGCGCUGUGAAGGGGGCGAACGUGAUUGAUACGCCGGUCAGGUGGCUGGGACGGGGCCCUUAUCGACUGCUGUCGGUACUCAUAGGCUGGCGGAGGAAAAACUUGGCGCACGCAUCUGUCACUGCUGCGCACGCAACUAAGGGGAGGUUUACGGCAGCGUUGGGGAUCUCGCCCCCCCUCCCCCAAACGAAUCCCACAGGACUAAAGGAGCCGGAUCUACCAAGUGGGCCCCACCCCGCUAGACGUGUGCGUGUGUGCGUAGGCAUGGACCUGCGCGCGCGCUGGGCGGGGUGGCGGCUGCUGUCGCUGGUGCUGUUCGCCAGCGCCUACCUGCUCUACACCUACUACUCGGCGGGCGUGCCGCGCUCCAUCCGCACGCUGCGCGACCUGGUGGACAGCGCGCUCGCCCUACAACAGGGACUUCUUCGUAGUAAGCCCACACACCACGCUCGCGCCCAACAUUUCCUAAGCGAGGGAGGAGGGGACUUGUUUCAUAAUGGAGGGGGUGCAUACCCAUUGGACAGCGGCGGGAAAGAACAAUCCGCCAUGACAGCCCCCUGCGCUGAGCAUGCGCGGCGGCGUGUGCGCAGCACGGCGCGGACGCCAAGGUGCAGCCGCCGGGGCAGCGGCAGGCGGCGUUCAUGGCCGCGCGGAGCCGUUCGCCUUCCACACCGAGGUGGCCACGGCCUACCCAUUCAUCGAGCGCCACUUCUCCGAGGAGCAGAAAUGUUCGCGCCCACCGUCAUGUCCGUGCCCAUCCAGAAGCGCUCGCCAUACAAGGAGCUCAUCAUCUACGGAUUCCCAGCGCGUCAACUGCGAAGGUCGUUAGUCUCCUAA